UCCCAGGGGGAGGUGGGAGGGAGGGGGCGUGGCCUCUGGAUCCGUCUGACUCGACUUAAAUCCGGGGAAACUUCUGUGAGAAGGUCCGCUGCCCUGAGACCCAUCAGAAACCCUGGAAGUGGGUCCUCAGGAGAACAUGAACACCUGAACCAGGUCUCAGACCAUGAGCUGACCCCUGACUUCUGACCUCUGACCUCUGACCUCUGACCUCUGUGAGCGAUGGAGGACCUCUGGUGCGCGGCUGCAGCUGUUUUCCAGGUGUGGGUGUUCGUGGUGGUGUUCCUCAUCAUGCUGCCCGCCAUGUUCGGCCUCUCCCUGGGAGUCACCGGCGUCUACAUCCAGGUCCUGGUCAAAAUCCUGGAGUGGGCCACGGUGCGAAUCCAGAGAGGACGGAGGCAGCAGCCCAGCGUCCCGGUCCCUCUGUCCAACGGGAUCAUCGAGAGGGCCGGGGGCUCCAUGGAGGAGGAGGUGGGCCGGCUGCGAUGCUCCCGGGCCCUGGAGGGGGUGGAGGGGGCGGAGUCAGCAGAGGGGGCGGAGUUUGCCCUGAGCGACGCCCUGUUCUUCUAUAAGAAAGGCUUGGAGAGCAUCGUGGACGACCAGGUGACCCAGCGCUUCUCCUCCGAGGAGCUGGCCUCCUGGAACCUCCUGACCCGCACCAACCAGAACUUCUGCUACAUCAGCCUCCGCCUCACCGUCAUCUGGGGCCUCGGCGUCUUCGUCCGAUACUGCAUCCUCUUCCCCCUCAGGAUCACACUGGCCGUCAUCGGCCUCUCAUGGCUGGUGGUGGGAACCACGCUGGUCGGGUUCCUGCCGGAGACCAGUGCGAAGAACUGGCUGAGUGAACUGGUCCAUCUGACCUGCUACAGGAUCUGUGCCCGAGGCCUUUCAGCCACCAUCCACUACCACAACAGAGAGAACAGACCUCAGAAAGGAGGCAUCUGUGUGGCUAAUCACACCACCCCCAUCGACGUGGUGAUUCUGGCCAACGACGGCUGCUAUGCUAUGGUGGGGCAGAUCCACGGAGGCCUGAUGGGGGUCAUGCAGAGGUCCAUGGUGAGGUCCUGCCCCCACGUUUGGUUCGAGAGGUCGGAGAUGAAGGACCGACACGCCGUGACCAACAGGCUGAGGGCUCACAUCGCAGCUAAGACCAAACUCCCCAUCCUGAUAUUUCCUGAAGGAACCUGCGUCAACAACACCUCAGUGAUGAUGUUUAAGAAGGGCAGCUUUGAGAUCGGGGGCACCAUCUACCCGGUGGCCAUCAAGUACGACCCCCGGUUUGGAGACGCCUUCUGGAACAGCAGCAAGUUCAACAUGGUCAGUUACCUGCUGAGGACCAUGAGCAGCUGGGCCAUCGUGGUCAACGUCUGGUACCUGCCCCCCAUGACCCGACAGGAACAGGACGGAGAAGACGCCGUUCAGUUCGCCAACAGAGUGAAAUCAGCCAUCGCUGCUCGGGGGGGUCUGCUGGACCUGGCCUGGGACGGAGGCCUGAAGAGAGGGAAAGUCAAGGAUUCCCUGAGAGAGGAGCAGCAGAAGAAGUACAGCAGCCUCCUCGUGGGACAGGACUCCGACUCAGACGACCAGGAACCACCAGGAACCAUAGAGAACCACCAAGAACCAUAGAGAACCACCAAAAACAAUAGAGAACCAUAGAGAACCAUAUAAAACCACCAUGAAAUACAGGAACCUUCAAGAACAAUAAAGAACCACCAAGAAAAGAACUACCAGGAACCACAGGAACCAUGAAUAACCACCAAAAACCACCAAGAACUCUGGUUGUGAUCCUCAGUUCUCACUGAGGAGGAAACUCUGAGUCUUUAUUGUCGUUCUGCGUAUUCACCAGCAGGAGGCAGCGCUGGACCAUGAACCACCAGAGGAGACUUCUUCUCUUCUAUUAUUAUUAUUAUUAUUAUUAUUAUUGUCUGUUCCAGGUUUUAAACGUGAAUAUUUUUAAAACACAUGUAGAAGUUGAAGGUUUUAAAUUUGAGUUUUAUUUGAUUUUUUUUUUAUUUACCAGAAAGAAUCAGAUAAAGUUCACGUCUCUGUUCAUAAAUCACCAGUUUAGUUCAUUUAGAAUUUAUUUAGUUCUUUACAUGUUUCAGGGAUUUCAGUGAAACAGAAACCGCUGAUACAUUUAAAUGUUAAAUGAGGUUUAAAAGCUCAGAUUAAAAACUAAUAAAGAUCCUGUUAAAUAUCUCAAA